AACAUGGGAGACUGCUGAGCUUGGGGGAGGGGGUACGGAAGUGCAACCUGUUCUCAUUUCAUAAAAUUAGGGAACACAGACUAGCGAGCGCCCUUUCGAGCACCUAUUUUAUUUGCUUGGGGGUGGGAGGAGUAAUUGCUUUAUUAUAGUAGUUAAGGGCCAUUUGUGAUUUUUUUUUAAAAAAACAGUUUGUCAAGUUACUCUCCUUUUUUGUUUGGGGGGGGGAAAAAAAAGAAAGUCCUUGGCUUGCAGACCCUUGUGGUCGAGUUGUUUACUUUGGUAAUUAAGUACCUGACUCUGCUGGAAGCUCUUCGUGUUUCAGAAGCGCUGUUUGGCAUUGUACAGUCUGAGCAACAAGUUGAAAUCAUCGCAGAAGGAUAAAGUUCGUCAGUUUAUGAUCUUCACACAAUCUAGUGAAAAAACAGCAGUAAGUUGUCUAUCUCAAAAUGACUGGAAGUUAGAUGUUGCAACAGAUAAUUUUUUCCAAAAUCCUGAACUUUAUAUACGAGAGAGUGUAAAAGGAUCAUUGGACAGGAAGAAGUUAGAACAACUGUACAAUAGAUACAAAGACCCUCAAGAUGAGAAUAAAAUUGGAAUAGAUGGCAUACAGCAGUUCUGUGAUGACCUGGCACUCGAUCCAGCCAGCAUUAGUGUGUUGAUUAUUGCAUGGAAGUUCAGAGCAGCAACACAGUGCGAGUUCUCCAAACAGGAGUUCAUGGAUGGCAUGACAGAAUUAGGAUGUGACAGCAUAGAAAAACUAAAGGCCCAGAUACCCAAGAUGGAACAAGAAUUGAAAGAACCAGGACGAUUUAAGGAUUUUUACCAGUUUACUUUUAAUUUUGCAAAGAAUCCAGGACAAAAAGGAUUAGUUUUUUUUAACAGCCUUUCUAAGGGUUCACAGUGCUCUUACAUUACAAGAGUUGGCAGAGAGGAAUUAGAAGAUCAUAGGAGACGAGAUCUAGAAAUGGCCAUUGCCUACUGGAACUUAGUGCUUAAUGGAAGAUUUAAAUUCUUAGACUUAUGGAAUAAAUUUUUGUUGGAACAUCAUAAACGAUCAAUACCAAAAGACACUUGGAAUCUUCUUUUAGACUUCAGUACAAUGAUUGCAGAUGACAUGUCUAAUUAUGAUGAAGAAGGAGCAUGGCCUGUUCUUAUUGAUGACUUUGUGGAAUUUGCACGCCCUCAAAUUGCUGGGACAAAAAGUACAACAGUGUAGCACUAAAGGAACCUUCUAGAAUGUACAUAGUCUGUACAAUAAAUACAACAGAAAAUUGCACAGUCAAUUUCUGCUGGCUGGACUGAACUGAAGAUCAAUCCUCACAAUUCAGACUGAGGGUUGAGACAAAACUUUAAGGAUACAUCUUGGACCAUAUCGUAUUUCAUUCUUCUAAUGGUGGUUUGGGCUUGUCUUCUAGUCUGGGCCGCUCUAAACAUUUAUAAUUCCAACAUUGUGGAUUUCAUCUUAUAUCUGUGGACCAUCCUAGUUUAUUCUCCCAUAAGUCUUAGAAGCUUUAUGGUGAUUAUUUUGAGGUUUUCAUUCUCGCAUAAAGCACAAUGCUGUCUUCAUCAGAAAACAGUUGGCGUAAGAAUUAAGCAUAUGAACAUCACAAAACAAUUUAUAAAAACUUCUUAAAUAUACGCUUUGGGCUAGUUGCAAAGACUAUGCUAAUAGCACUUCCAAUGAGAGUGAUAUAUUUAAGUGUACUGGAUCUGGAAUGGUGUUUUGGUUUGGGGGGAAUUUUUUUUUUCCUGGCAAAUCACAUGUGUUGUUGAUGUGAGUAUCUGAUGAAAAAACAAUGUCAGAAUAACCAACAUGAAAAUUUUUUAGGAUAACUUGGUGCCUACCUGAAAAAUGUAUUGUGUUUUAGACUCUUGAUUUCAAAAGGUUCCACAGAACUUGUCUGCGCUUACCUUACCCAUGUUUAUAUAUAGCUGUCCUACAGGGAGCUUUUAUUUAGAAAAUGUCUGCAUAAUGUUAGAUUCUUCUCCUGUCUACAUUAUGCACUACAUAAUUGGACUUCAUUAUGCUUUUGAAAUGCUUAUCUGCCUGUCACAUAAGUUAAACUAUUUAAUUUGUUUUGAAUGUUUUGGAUUGCUACACAAUACAAUAUUCUAAAUUUAGGCAUGAGGGUUUUUUGUUUUGUUUUUACUUUUUUUUUUGUCAUCGCACUAUGGAACACAAAUGAAAUUCUCUUAAUUUAUAAGAAGAUAGUUGCAGUUAAAUUUUGAAAAUGGUUGUAAUGAGCCAUGAAGUUCAAUCUUUAUAAUAUAGGUACUGCUCUUUCAGACAAAUAGUCCAUUUUCGAUGACUUAUUAUUUUGUUGAAAUUGCUUUAACUGCUAUAAUCACUGUGGUUGCCAAAUACUUACUUCAGGAGCGAAGAUUUUCAAACAAGCAUACACGAUGCAAAAUACCAAUCUGGCUUCUAGUCUCUCUACUGUUUUUGUUUCACUCAGAUUAGCUCAGUUUUCUCAUCAAAGCAGAAUGCUAUCUUGUAUGUAUUUUUUUCAUUACAAGACCCAUGAGCUGCUUUUAUGCUGAAAAUGGUCAUUUCCCUGUUCCCUUACUGACAUGUGAAGAAGGGUUUCUUGCUUUCUUAAACAUUUCUGUAAGGCAGGCUAGAAAUGUAAACCUCAAAUGUCAGAUGAUUAUGGUCUUUUGAUAGGAAUACAUUCUGCUUGGGAUAUACAUCCAGGCACUCUCUAAGGUUUUAGGGUUGAUAUUAACAAAGGAAUGUACUUUAGAAUAGCAGUACAUUUUAUGCAAAUAUGGAAAUUAUUUUAAGAAACAAUGACAUAUCAAAACUGCUUUUUAUUUACAUGAUUUUGAAAUAGACUAGAAAGCUUUCCCUAUAAACAUAUUAAUAUUCCAAUCAUAACUUUAAUUCAAGAAUGCAGUUUUACCAAAAGAAAAAUUUGAAAUUUCUAUUCAGGCUACUGUAAUUGGUUAUUAAAAGAAAAAGGAAAAAGAAUCCUGCUGCUUUCAGUAUUUCCUGAUUUCAUUUUUUGUAAAUAUAAAGAACUUCAAUUAUGAAAAAUUUUUAAAAGAUAUAUAUAUCUAUAUAUCUAUAUAUAUGUACUGUUUUGUUUCCUGUCUUGAAGAUUUUGAGUUAUGGUUAUUGGUUUCACAUUGAUUAAUUCACAUAUGCUGUGUUUUGAAAUGAGAUCCCAUUAGCUUUUUUUUUUUUUUCCCAAUAUAAAGUGUUUUCUUUAAAAGUCUGAUAUUGGUUUGUGGCCUAGUGCCUUGGAUUUUACAUAUUUUUCUUUUUAAUUGCAAAACCUUUUCAACAAAAUAGUGUUUGUCAUCAGGUUGGUACUAAACAUUUAUAAUUACUGUGUAAUUAUAAACAAAAAUACAUAAAGCUUUGAAUAUAAUUAUGUAGCAUAAAAGUUAAGGUUGUUCACUAUGAUGGCAUCUUAGAAUUAAAACUUUUACUAGGGCUGAAAAGAGAAGACUGAUUUAAUGUGGUGUGAUUAUUCUGAAGAUAAAUGUCUGGUUACAGGGAAUAUUUUGUACUAAAAAAUGAUGACACAUAUGGCUGUGUGUGUUUGAGUCUGUGUCUGCGAGAGAGCCAGAGAGAGAGAGAGAGAUUGACAGAGGAAGGGAGAGAGACACACACACCCCUUGAAUUGCUUUAACUCCUAAGCGUUUCAGUCCUCAUUCCGGUAAACUCCCCAUGCUGAUUCUUUGUUUUAAACUGAACCAUAGGUGCAGUUUCCUUUUUGCCAAAUGUCAAAACAGGUACACAUUUUACAAUGUAAUGCUUUUUAAAUAGAAAAAUGUAUAAAAUUAGAAGUGCCCACAUAUAAAAAAUACUUGAGAUGAAGAUUAUCUUUAGUGAAUAUCAUCUGCAUAUCUCUGUAAGUUCGAUUGUGUUUCUUACAGUCCCUGUUAUAUUACCAACAGAGGCAAUAAAAGCUUCAGUGAAAUUGCCAUGACUAAAUCUUUUCACAUAUUUCAGUGUAUUUUUUUAAUAGAUUUAAAAUAUCCCUGAAAACUUUUCCAGGAAGAAUAAUUAUUCAUGGAAAGAGCAUUGUAAUGGCAUGUUUUGGGGAGAAAAGACAUGUCAAGUCUUGUUUACUACAUUUAAAAUGUUUACAACGAUACUGGGCUGCUUUAUUAACAAUACUGUACUUGUGUAAUAUGGCAUUAUAAGUACAUGUCCUUCCUUAGACUUUUAAAAGUUUUAGCGAGAGAAAGUAAAUUUACUCAACAAAAUAACAUGAGAAAUCUUUUACAUAAGAUCUUUACUGAGGAAUUCUUAUUUAAGCAAGGUACACUAUUUUUUCCUCAGACUUGAAUGAAGUGUCUAUUUUUUAUUUGAUGAUAAGAAGUGAGUAGUAGUAGCUAACUUAAUGUACACUUUGCUUAGGUUUUUAAACAUGUUACUGUUAAGACUACGUAUUGUAAACCUUCUGUAAUUUUCACAUAUGAAUGACAGGAGAAAGUUAAACCUAAUCGAAGGAGUUUUGGAAUAAAAAGAAAGUGGUGCUGGGGAAAUUUACCAUGGUUCACAAAGUAUGCCUUUGUAAAACUGAAUCAACUUUUAGCAAGAAUUAAUUUAUGUAGUUCUAAAUGUUAAAUUGUGUAUAUUUAACAGAAAAUACUUAUCUGGCACCUCAGUAGUUUUCUUUAAAUGUUACCUUUUAACAAUAUGAUUUAUAUUGAAUACUUAGAUGUUUUCAUAAGAUUUUAUCAAAUUUGAUAAUGUAAUGAUAAAAUGUUUUUUAAAUGUGAACUAUUUAACGUAUAAAUGAGGACACAAAACCUGAAUUGUGAUUUCUACAUAAUGUGAUAAUUAGGGUUCAAAUUAUGACUCAUCAUUUAAUUGAUUAUAAAUGAGUAUAUUUCUGAA